UUCAGUCAGAGACAGCCCUGCCAGGAAACAGAGGAAGCCACCCGCCCCAUCGGAGGUGUUGCAGCCCGGGCUGAGGGCAGGAGAGUGGAGAGCCUCACGUCUGGCCUUCCCUUGCGCUAACGCAUUUGAGGCCACCAAGGUGCUUCAGGGACAGGAGGCUGCCUGUGAGUGUUGAUAAGAAGAUUGCAGCCAAAAGAAGGACCAUGGUUUUGGAAGGUGGAGUCCAGGCUGAGGAGGUGGGCGCUGUCCUUUGUCAGCUCACGCCUCUCUGGAUGUAGGAAGCAUAAUCGGGCAGCCAUGGAGUGGGACAAUGGUACAGGCCAGGCCCUGGGCUCCCCACCCACUACCUGCGUCUACCGAGAGAACUUCAAGAGACUGCUCCUGCCACCUGUGUACUCAGUGGUGCUGGCAGCUGGCCUGCCACUGAAUGCCUGCGUCAUUGCCCACAUUUGCACGUCCCGCCGGGCCCUGACCCGCACAGCCGUGUACACCCUGAACCUGGCGCUGGCUGACCUGCUCUAUGCCUGCUCCCUGCCCCUGCUCAUCUACAACUAUGCCCAAGGCGACCACUGGCCCUUUGGUGACCUUGCCUGCCGCCUGGUCCGCUUCCUCUUUUACGCCAACCUACACGGCAGCAUCCUCUUCCUCACCUGCAUCAGUUUCCAGCGCUACCUGGGCAUCUGCUACCCACUGGCCCCCUGGCACAAGCGUGGGGGCCGCCGCGCUGCCUGGCUGGUGUGCGGGGCCGUGUGGCUGGCCGUGAUGACCCAGUGCCUGCCCACAGCCGUCUUUGCUGCCACAGGCAUCCAGCGUAACCGCACCGUCUGCUACGACCUGAGCCCACCUGCCCUGGCCACCCGCUAUCUGCCCUAUGGCAUGGCCCUCACCGUCAUCGGCUUUCUGCUGCCCUUUAUCGCCCUGCUGGCCUGCUACUGCCGCCUGGCCCGUCGUCUCUGUCGCCAGGAUGGCCCCGUAGGGCCGGUGGCCCGGGAACGGCGUGGCAAGGCGGCCCGCAUGGCUCUGGUGGUGGCAGCUGCCUUUGCCAUCAGCUUCCUGCCCUUCCAUGUCACCAAGACAGCCUACCUGGCAGUGCGCUCCACAGCCGGUGUCCCCUGCCCUGUGCUAGAGGCCUUUGCGGCUGCCUACAAGGGCACGCGGCCCUUUGCCAGUGCCAACAGCGUGCUGGAUCCCAUUCUCUUCUACUUCACUCAGAAGAAGUUCCGCCGGCGGCCCCAGGAGCUGCUACAGAAGCUCACGGCCAAGUGGCAGCGACAAGGUCACUGAGUCCACUGGGGCAGGACACCUGGGGCCAGGUCACGGGAAACCCCUCCAACCCCAAACCAUGCAGAGGAUUAGAGCUUAGCUCAGCUGGGCAUGGAAUGAGGUCCCCCACAGACUCCAGAAUCUCACCAAUGACUAUUUAUUGAGCCCUUGCUCUGGACCCAGCCCUGUGGGCACAGAGAGACAGGCUCGGACUUGGCCCUCCAGAAGGCUCCAGUCAGCCCUGGAGAGUCAGGGAAGCCAUGUGAAGCUGCUCACAAAAAUAUAGUAUGGCGUGUACUGUAAUUGAGGAGUAUGAUGUAUGCUUUGGAGUCACCAAUCCAGGGACUGGGGGAUGAUGGGAAGAGGAAGCGAGAGCUUCUGGAAAGGAGCAUUUGAGCUGGAUUUUGAGGGGAUGAAUAUGAACUCUCUGGAGGUGUGUGAUGUUCCAUUCAUUCAGCAAACCUUUACCUAUACCUUAUCCUUGGACCUGGGUUGAUUCUGGGGCCCUGGAAGAACUGGUCCUAGCCCUGCCCCGUAUAGGCUCCUAACUACUGGACAUAUAGAUGCUUGACACAGUGAUAUCAAGGCUGUGACAGAGAGAAGCAUGGCUCGGUGGGGGGGGGGGGGGGUGCUGGUAAAUAGAGGAUGCCCGUGAUCCAGUCCAAGGAAUCAGGAAAUAUCUCCUGGGAUGGAGAUGGGCGGCAUCUGAACCAGAUGUUGAAGGGGGAAGUCGGCCAAUAGAAGUGGGAGCAUGUUCCUACAGCCUGGGCCAGCCCUAUGCUAGGCUCUGCCCUGGGGCAGAUGGGUAGAGAGAGCUGGGGUGGGGAGCAGGCAUAUGGCCUCCUGUGUGUGAAAGUUGAGAAAAUAAGAGCUGUCCCAUGGCCACCCUCCAGACAAUGGCAAGAGUGGCACAGGUGUUCCAGGCUGUGGGGGCUCAGCAGAGGGAGGAAUCAAGGAGCACUUCUUUGAAGAGGUGGAGCUUGAGCUGGGGAGGAAUCCAAAAGGCAGAGAGAAGAAGGCUGCUCCUGAUGGAAGGCACUGUGUGUGUAUAAAACCCAAAGGUAGAGAUGUGCUGAAUCUGGCGGUAAAUCAACAGUGAGUUUCAGUUAAGCCCAGGAGGGGGUGGUUUGGGUGGGACCAGAGCACUGAACUCCAGGAAGAGACCCAGACCCUACCCCUUCUCCACCUACCUCUUCAAAUGUGCCUCUUUCAGCCUCAGGGUCUCCUGGGAGUCUGAGGACCCAUCUACCAGGCCCCCCAAGUGAGGGGAAAUAGCCCUUCAACCCUGCUUCAUUCUAGAAGAAGUCAACAGCUUGAAGAGAUGCAGGGCCACCAGGAGGCUGCAACAUGGAGGUGCAGAGGUCCUGUGGCCAGGAGCCUGCCAAUCAGUCUCAAGACAGACUGUUCCAUGGGUUCUGCUUCCGCCCUCCCAGCUCCAUCAUUCUGACCUGUGGGUGCCGGGAAGCUGCUGGAGGCCAUCUCAUGGAGGCAUCUCGAACACAGACUUGAGCCUUCAAAAGCUUUGGAAAGGCACCUUCACUGAAGAUCUCUGAGGAGGCAGUGAAGGGGAUUCUACCACGUACGGCCUCUGUACCUGGUCUUCCCACCCACCCCUUUUCAGCCCCCCGCCUGUACAGCAACUCAUCCUCUCUGCAACUUUUCCUCGUAUGUCCACCACCCCGCCCACCCCACCCCCCUCACUUCUCCUCCAGUCCUUGUUCCCUCCGCUCCGCUCAGAUCUCAGCUUUCCUCCUGUAGAACAAUCUAGCCUGCCCUUGGCUGCUGGUGUACCACUCAGACCCUGCACACAAACCAGCCAUGACAAAAAAAUUGACCUUCUCAGAAGGUAGAGGGGAGAGAGAGCAGGGAAAGGACUGUAUAACUUAGUAUUUUUCUUUUAGCCUUGUCUCAUCUCCAAGGCUGUUGGGCCAUGGGGCCCUUCAGAGAAGGACUCCGCCGGAGUUAAAACUCCACAGUCAUGUGGGAGAAGUGCUUGCAGCUGGCUGAGGAAGGGGGAAAACCAGGCCCAACCCAUCUUGGCAAUCCAUCAAAAUGCCCUUCUGAAGAGGCUGCUAAUUUGGACAGAAGGAACUUUGAUUCUUUGGGUCACAGUGAAAAGAUGUGAGGAAAUGUCAGAAGAGGUCUAGUCCCUAUACAAUGCGAUGUCAUGCCAAGUAGUACAGAUAUUAGCCACCCUGUGUCUUGUUCCAAGUCUGAGGUCAGACCCAUCAGCUGCCAGUCACGGGGGAGUAGGGGAAUGGGCGAGCAGAAGGCAGAGGGCCUCUGCCCACAGUGCUGGCUGAGCCCUGUGGAGAGUCCCAGAUGACCAUCCUAGCAGACUGCCAAGAACUGUGACCCUUUGGUCACUUUUCCAAGACUGGAAAUUGUGGGACACAGGUAAAUUGCAUUCCCAGCUUCCCUUUGUGAGGCAGACUAGCAUAAAGGGUAAAGACUCCAGAGCCAGAUCACCUUGGUGUUAAUCUUGGCUCUACCACUUAGUAGCUGCCUUACUCUGGGCAAGUUAUUUAGCCCCUUUGUACCUUAACUUCCCUAGCUGUAAAAUGGGAGUAGUAAAUCUUGUAAAGUAGCUGUGAGGAUUAAUAUGUACAAAGAACUUAGAAUAAUGCCUGGAACAUAGUAAGCAUGCAAUGCAUGGUAUAUUAUAAUGAUCUUGCCUUUUGUGCACACAAGUUCCUCCAGAGUCUCUCUCUAGGAAUUGGCCUAGGAGGUUUCUGAACAAGGGGCUUUGAGCAGAGGAUUUCUCCUUUCCCUUCACCUGGGAGGCAGCUGGUCUUUUAAGAAAAAACAAAAACAAAAAAAACUCAGCACACUUUUUUCAGAACAAGGGCCAUAAUCCAUGAGCCCCAGCUCUUCCUGUAAGAAGGAAAAGUCAUUUAUUACAUGCCAGUACGAGGGACUUCAAGUGCCAUUUGGGAAGCUUGAAUUGCCCCUUCCUUUCCCCUCCUUUUGCCCCCCCCCCCUCCUCACUUUUCUUUUAAUUGGGCACAUGGUCUCCUAGGAUGAAAACUUCAUUUCCCAGCCUUACUCACAGCUCCGUAUGACCAGGUAACUUAAUCUUGGGUAAUGGGAGAUAAGCAAAGUACCCUAAGGCAAUUUAAUAUGGGGAGGGGGUGAAUGUCUGUAAAAGAGAGGUAGUGUCUGUCCUUUGCCUCCCCUCCUUUCUUUUUGCUUACAAUGGGGACAUCACAGCUGGAGCACCAUCUUGGACCGUGAGAAACAGCUUGGGUUUCUGACAGUUCCGGUUUGGGACCACCUAAAUCUGGACUUUUGCACGAGAGAGAAAUAAAUGUCUAUCUUUUCUUUUUUUUUUUUUAAGA